ACAAACUAGCCUUCUUCGCUAUCAUGUUUCGAAUCCAGGCGCUAGGAUGCCGAUCACGAAAGCCUUGCGCGCUUCUGGCGAUGCAACCACGGCUGUCUUUAAGUUCCCUGUAAUCGCCGUGUACUUGAUCCAAAUAACUAUAACGUUGUGCAUCCUUGCUUUCAUUGUAAAGCUGGUGCUAUAUACCUCAAGGCUAGCUCUUCGCAGGAUUAGCUUCAGUUAUGUCCCAUUCAGCCGUGACUGUAAGGAGGUGCUGGUUGUGGACUGCACCCACCCUCAAGCGUGCACGUUGACACACCAUAAGGGGCAGCGCAAUCCCGCGCGCCUAAAACAAUCAGAUACAAGCACGGGUCUGGUUCUCAACGCCAUUAAAGCCACCGCAUGGAAUGCGGGGCAAGCGUACGAAUGGUGCCAGCUGCCGCACGUCAGCACGAAUCACUUCGACGUCGAUAGCUUCCUGUCGGUCUGGUGCUACAUCAAUCGGCCUCUGGCGCUGCAACACGAAGCAGUGUUGCGCCACAUGGCCCGCAUCGGGGACUUCCGAGAGGCCUUCCUGUCUCCCGAGCUGGUGGCGGCGCACGGGGCCGAGGACGGCAUCGCGAACAUACGCGACGCCUUCACCGCCCUCAAGCUGGUCUGCUGGCUGAACAGCCAGGAGCGCUCCCGCUUCUCAGCGCCCUACGAGGCCCCCGACUGCGACGACAAGAUGUCGUACUUCCUGCCGCGAUUCGCAGCCGUGCUGGGUAACCCGGAGGCGGUGUGGCAGGAGUGGCAGGACGAGUACCGCGAGGUGGUGAGCGGCUUCGACUCGCUGAGCGGCGACCCAACCCGCGUGGAGGUGCACCGACCCGUGGGUCUGGUGGUGCUGCGGGCGCCCGAGCCCUCCCUGCACUACUACAGCCUCUUCAGCCACACCGUGGGGUACGACACGGUGCUCACAAUGUACGACGGUCAGCGGUACGAGCUGGAGUCCAAGUACACGCAGUUCGUCAGCUGCCACAGCCGCCCCGUGUGGCCGCGGGUCGACAUGGCGCCGCUGGCCCGGGUGCUCAACAGGAUGGAGGGAGCGGCCCUAGCUCCCAACCUGCGCUGGUCCGCUCCCCGCUUCAACGACACCGGCCCCGUGCUGCGGCUCGAGGACGCCUCCCGCCCCCUCUCCAAGGCGCAGCGCUACGGGCACCCGUACGGCAGACCGUUGUACGGCAGCUCUGUACCGCCCGCCACCAUGACGGCGCUGGUGGUUAGCUUCCUGGAGUACGGCAUGCAGGGUCUCAAGCCCAAGCGGGGCGGCUGGAGCUGGGACGAGCUGCAGUCGCUCAACAGCGGGACGGCCUGGCAGGUUUGGGAGGACACAGUCCUAUCCCAGUGGCAGCGCGGCGAGCUCACACCACCCGACACCACCACCGCCCCCUCACCCUCCGCCGCCUCCGCGCCUGCCCUCUCCGGCACCCCGCCUGACGCCGCCGCCGCCGCCGCCACCCCACACCCCUCCGCACACCCCUCCGCCAGCCGCCAGGGCUCCUUCACCGGCGGCAAUCCCCGUGUGGGCCUCGCCAUGACGCUGGGUGGGGGAUUCUGGGAGCCCUCCCUGUCCGAGCCCUCAGCCAUCAUGAGCCAGGAUGACGUUAGGGCCCUGGCGGGUGCCGUACCGGCACGACUGGCGCCCGGCCGUUGGCAGUUACUGUACGGCAGCGCACGUGACGGCACCAGCCUGCGGACGUUGUAUCGCAAGGCGACUGGCAGGGCGCCGACGCUGUUGGUGGUACGGGAGGCGGG